UUAUAAUGGGACUUCCUUUUACAUUUUUCUGAAGUUAAGCUUAUGUAAACAGUUUUUAUUUUCAAAAGAAUUGAAAAGGCUGGAAAUCAUUGAACAUAAUCAAAAUAAACUGUUCUGCCUUACAAAAGCUCAAGCGUGAAUUUAUAAAAUAGUUAAUGCAUUAUUUGUGUAUUGGAGACAGGAAACGACACACUUUAAAAUCACAGCAGUGAGCAAUAUUUCAAUUUAGUGUUAGAAAAACAUGUCUGGAAAACAUAAAUAUAGUGGAAUGGACGACAACAACUCGACUGCAGACGACAAAAGACAAAGUGGUAUGGAGGACAUGGAGUUAAUUGUUGAAGGAAAAGUAGUGAAGACAAACAGCGGUCUACUGAGUUACAAUUCAAACGUUUUCGCUACGCUUAUUUCGAACGCACGUGCAACAAGGAUAGCAGACGAGAAUGACGUCAUGGAUAUGAUGACAUAUCGCAGCAGAAGUGAAUCACAGGAGAACCUGAAGUUAGAGAUGCCCAACCUAAAAUACAAAGAUGUGAAACUAAUGGUCGCGUGUCUACAAUCAUCUGGUUUUGCCAAAGAAGAUAUUACAGCAUUAAGAGCACUGCGCAUUCUGCCGCUGGUAGAACAUUUCCACAUGAAGCGUCUUAAAAAGAUCUGCGGAAACGUUUUGUAUGACUCCCUGGUCGCCAUGAGAAAGGAUACUGGACCUGGUAGUCUCUCAUCACGUGACGUCCUCAACUACCUAGCAGCAUCAGAUUUGUAUAACUUUGAUAAACUAAGAAAAUUAUGCGUAGAUGAACUCUCCGUUAACGUGACUGCAACAAACAGAAAACUGGUACUACGAGACAAACAUAUCGGCGAAAAAACAAAGCUGAAAGUUCUUGACAAAAUGUGUGAUAACAUGGAUAAGGAAUAUGAAGACAAACUGAGACAAGUCAGGUUUGACAUGGACGAAAGAUGCCGCUUAAUUGAACAGAGGAGAGACCAAUUUAUGGAGCAGCUAGAGACGUGGAAGAAUGAACUUAGACAGGAAGUAGAUGACAUGGUCGAAAGCAAUAAAGACGCGCACUUGCAACUGAUCAAUGACCUGCAUCAGAAGAAAAUAGUAGACCGAAUUGAUGAAACAUUGAAAGAAACAAAAGAAAGUCUUUUCAAUGAGAUGGAGAAACUCAAAGAUGACAUGAACUUUGUAGUUCAAACAAUGGAAACAAAUGAAAUUGCUGACGACAAGGAGACAACAGAUUUGAAAGAAGUUCUCACAGAAGCAAUGGAUAAAAACCAAAGAAACAUUGAACGAAUUGCAGAUGGAUUUAAAGCAAAGAUUGAACAAAAGCUGAACAUUUGCUCUUUAAGUGCAGCAAGUGUAAGAGAAUUUUCAUCCGCAAACAAUCUAGAAGAAACUGUUAGCGGAAAUAUUAAAGAACUGGAGGACAAAAUACAAACGUUAGCGAGAAAUCAGAUAAAAUACGAAGAGGAAAUGACAGCACAUGAGAAGACAAAAGCGGAACUGCUGAAAAUGCAAAUGAAGGACCACCAGCUAAAUACUUGGAUGAAGUGGGCUAAACCAGUGGCGAACGAUGAAGAGAAGUGUCAAUGCUUCAGGCAUACCCCAGCGCGAAAAUAAAGUAACUCCAAGUAGUGAGCAUUUACAUGAACUAAAAGGUGCUUUUUGACACUAGUGCUGAUAUAUCAAAAACACUAUGUGAUGUACUAUAGACCCAUUACUCUCCCCUCGCAUCAUUUCAAUAAUACAGGUAUAAAACAGGUAUAUACUAAACCACGACAGCUGGACAAUUUAGGCCUGUCCUGAAUUAAUGUGUUUUCGCAACUUCAUUUGCUAAUUUAUUCGGUUAGUCUUUUUUCAGUAGUUUUAAAACAGAUAUAAAACUAUCUUACCCUAGUGAAACAAAGUGUGGUCUAAACUUAACUAAAUACAUCAAGUACCAUGCACACUGCUACAUUUCUUUAAUAACAUGUUUAAACAUUAAACAAAUUGUCUUACCCUUAUAUACCAGAUUGCCAUAGUCAGUUUGUGACUAGAUACUUGUACAUUUUAUUUUCAUGCAAUUAUGCAAAUCAUGUGUAAUUACCAUCAUCGAAAUACAAAAGAAUACAGUUAA